AUGAAUCAUGUAAAAGCUGGUCAAUGCACUCAGCAUGUGCCAAAAUUUUAUGCGCAAGCCUCUUUGCUUACUGUUUCUUUAUUGUUUAGCAAACCUUCAAGCUGUUUGCAUUCUAAAAAUCCUAUGCGUGAACCUGACAGUGAUGAUAUGAAUAGAAAAAAAUUAAUGUUAUUAAAACACAAUGUUAAAGACAUAAAUUGUGUCUAG